CGCUUGCCACGCCAAGACCGCAUGUUGAACGACUCCUUUCAUACGCAAGAAUCGUCGUACAUUGUGCAAACAUCAAUCAUGAGAAAUCCCCGGGUCAUCGAUGUGGAUGACGACGACGACUUCCACAGCGAAGAUCACGGGAUCUUAGCAGAUUGGGGUGUCGUCUCCAAUCAAGACCAUUCUUUCAGUAAUACAGGCGUACUUAUCCUUCCCGGAUCCGUCCAAGCGCGGCAAGCCAACGGCAGUCAAGCAUACUCCGCAAAUCUUUCCAUACCGGGCUCCGAUUCUAUCCCCACUGACAUCGACAGCAUUGUUCAGGAAGACGAUAGCCGCGGACGGCGUAUCAACAUUAUUGGUGGUGAUUCGAUAGGUCGGUCUACCUCGAACGGUAGUAGUCGUCUCUGGGAGAACGAGGAGGCUUCGAUUUUGCUUCGCUCUCAAGAAGAACUACGCACCAUGAACCGUCGUGGUUCGAUUCUCGCGGUUCUACUGGUACUUGUUUCCGUGACAUCGACGUCGUAUCUAAUCUGGGACCGGCAUACCUGGAAGUCCUCAGCGGUUCAGUUGGAACAACAAAUUCGUCACAUUCAAAUUGCGUUGAAUGAGACCAAAUUAUCGGCACUUCCAACCCCAACCCCGAAACUAGAAAUUCCAAGCUUGCCCUGGGACGUCUGCUCUACGGGAACACCGGAGGAGGCGAAUACUCUCGUUAACAAUUGCUGGAUGAAGGCGAAGGCUAACGUGCAGCUAGGCGACUGCGCCGAACAGGCACGGCAGUCGGUCCAGAAGCGGGCCAAAGAAUUCGGAGAAAAGGCCUUUCAAGCUCAAGAGGAUUUCGUUGCCAAAGCGCAGCAGUCCGUUCUGAAAGCGCAAAAAGUGCUAACCACAAGGGCGCAAGAAGCUUUGGAGAAGGUGGAUGAGUACAAGACAGCUUGGUCUUUGGAAUCCAAACGAAAGAGCGGCGACGGUACUCGUUCCGCCUCGCAAGAAAAAAGCAAGGACAAGGAACAAGUCGUAGUCUCGAAACAGGCAUCCUCGGACUGGAGAAAAGUAGCAGCAACGGCAGUUACGGGAGUUGUGGCUGUCUCGUUGGCAACCUUAUUUGCGGAUGAUGUUUCGGAAUGGGUUGCCGGAUUUGUCAGCGGAGACAGUAGUGAAAAGAAAUGACAUUAGUUUCAUGUGAUACUUUAU